AUGAACCGCCGCGCCGCGCUUACGAUGUCCAAUAAGAUCAAGAUCACGUCAAAUACCCUGUCGCCCGGACUAGUUCCUCACCACUCCUUCGUUGCUGCAGCUGCUGCUGUUCCUCAUCCUGCAUCCAAGUCGAAAGGCUCUUCUACUCGCACUCCCCCUCCCCUCCUGCCGUCGACUGCGUCUUCUCCGCCGCCGCCUCUUCCAGCUAUCGCGCUUCCGCUCGUCGUCGUCAUGUCGCGCCGGGGCUUCCCGCCAGUUGCGCCACCAGCAGCGGCGGUUCUCGUUGCUCUUCUCCUCGUCGCCGCGGCAGCUGGCGGCGUGCGCGGAUUGCGCGGUGGGACAGCGGCGCAACCCCGCAAGCUAGCUGUUGGCGGAAGCGGCGGAGACUCUCCGCGGAGGAGAGCGGCAGAGCUAGUGAAAGAAUCCUCCCAUGCUUCCGCAAUGGCGGAGGCGGGAAUUCCGCCGCUGCAGCUGAUUCUGGCGGAAGAAGGGCGCGCGGAGGGCACAGUGUGCUUGGACGGAUCGGCCCCUGGGUUCUACUAUCGCAAGGGCUACGGCUCUGGACACAACAACUGGGUGCUGUUUUACGAGGGCGGAGCAUGGUGCGCAUCCCCGCACGCCUGCCUGCGAGUACAGGGCGCGCAUGCACCUGGGGGCAUGCUCAGUGGCAAUAAGACCGUCAACCCUGGUUUCUACAACUGGAACGCCGUCUAUUUCAUCUCCUGCGAUGGCGGCUCCUUCUCAGGCCACCAGAACGAGCAAGUUCACUUCAAUGGCAUUCUGCUGUACAUGCGCGGAAGGCGAGUGGCGGAGCUGCUGGUGAAGCACCUCAUGGGGAAGAAGGGGCUCGGCCACGUGGAGAAGAAUCCCACCAUCAGCCUCCCACCAGCAUGUGUCAAGGAACGGUCGCUAGAGCAGCAUCAUCAGUGCUUCAUGGCCAACCAUAUUCUGCAGUACGUCUCCACGCCUCUCUUCCUCGUCAACAGCAACUACGACAAAGUUGCGAUGAGGGCCAUUACAGCACCAGAGGUGUUGGAUUCGGGACUAACGGCCCCACCUGACUGUUUCGAUCAUCUCAGCACAUGCACUGCAAAAGAGAAGCAUAUCUUUGAAGACUAUCGCAAGGCAGUGGCCAACGCAGUGGCUCCUCUCUUUCCACCGCACUCCACCCCUGAGAACGCCGUCUUCCUCUUCUCCUGCUUCCAGCACGGCUCCAUCCACUCGGACGUCCCGUGGAUGAUGCGCACGGCCAAAGGGGUGAUCCCCAAUCCGGACGACGAAAUGACCCUCGUUGACGAGGAGCUCCAGCUUGAUGGCGAGGAGCUCCACCUUGACGAGCUCCCUGCCAUCCCUCUCGCUCCCUCCCCCGCUGCUGAUGAACCCCCGGCGGCAAAGAAAGUCUGCCGCAAGCAGCGCCUGAACAACAAAGUUCAGAUUUCUGUUGCCCAGCUGCAGCAGACUAAUGGCCAAAUCCUCGGGGCACGUCCUGCUCCCGAUGCGUUUCGCAAGGACCCCGGCCUCCUCUACAUCGGGCUCGACGUCGAAGUCGAACCCUGGACUUGCGUCCUCUGCAACUUCGCCUGUGGCCCUGCCCUCGACUCCGCCAUGGCGCAUAUGGCCUCCGAGGCCCAUACCGCCAACCUGCGCGCAUCUGCCAAGGGCCCUGCUGCAAAGAUAAAGUACAGCAACUGGAGGGCCCUCACCUUCGUGGCUAUCCCCCAGAUUGCGGCUUUUCUCUCCGAGUGA